AUGUAGCAAAGAUGCACAAAGGCGGAUCAUAAGAAUUAACCUUUAAUAGGAGUAUGCUUAGACCAUUAUUGUUCUUCUUAGAGACCUUAUUGUAAUUAAUGUAUUCCAUAACAUAUUAACCAUUGUGAGAAACUGACAUCUUUUGAAUUGCUUCAUGAAUGGUAUUCUAUAAGAGCAAAUUCAUUAAAAGAGUAUUAAAAUUUUAUUCAGAAAUGUAAAAAAGUGAUAGACUCUAUAAAUUAAUUCAUCAUUCCAAUUUAAAAUAUUACUUUAGAAGAAAUAUAAGGAUCGUCAUUAUCAAAAGUAGAUUAAAUAAUAAAAAAUUUAAUUUAACUUGAAAAAAUAGAAAUUGUAUCAUUAAGUAAAAUGAAUUCACUAAUUUAAACAUUCGAUAAAAUAGGAGAGAAUUUGAUUAAAUUAAAAAAUUAAAAGCAUUAAUAACCUAUUGAUAUUUCUAUAGAAUCUAAUCAAAAAGAUGAUAUAAAUUUGCUAUAAUCUUAGGAUGAGCAGUUUUUUUCUCGUUUAAAAUGGAAUAACAAUCCAAUUAUUGAAAAUUAAGCAUAAUUGAUUGAUAAACAUUCUGAAAAUAUUAAUUCUAUUAAAAAUAAUUAAGAAGAAGAAUAAAAUAACGAGAAUAUUGUCUUUAAAAAUAAAAUUGAAGUAUUUUCAAAUUAAUAAUAAUAUUAAUGGUAAUAUUCAUAGUUAGAGAGAAUAACAUCUCUUGAAUCCUCACCUAAAACUGUAUAAAUAUAAAAACAAGCUUUAGACAAUUAGUUAGAACAAACUUCAUUUAUUAAUUUUUAAUUUUUCAAAUAAAAGAAUAAAAUUAAAGUUAGAUUUACAAAUUUACAAAAUAAUCCGAAUCUGCUGGUAUCAUAAGAAGAGAAGAUAUUAAAAUUUUCUCCUUAUUCUAUAGAAUUUUAUGAUUAUCUAGACAGUUAGAUUAUUCCAAUUUUUGGAAUUCAUAAAUUUGCAUUUAAGAUUUUAUCCAUUGGAAAAACUAUACAUAUUGGUGUUGCUGAUAACAAAAUUUUCAAAAAAGAAGAUUACUAACCUAAUUUAGAGGAUAUUCGGCAUGGGUAUAAUAUAUUUUAAUUUUAGAACAUACCUUAUAAGUAAUACUGGAUAAACAUAUUCUCAUAUAUUGCAGGAGAAUAAUCAAAAUAAUAAUUAGAUUCAUUUCUUUUCAAAUGAUAUUAUAAUUAUAGAAAUUAAUAUGGAUAAUACUACCAUAACUUGGACUAAAUUAUCAUCUAAUGAAUAAUUAGUAAUUUAAAUUUUAUCAAUUAGACAAUGAAAUUUCAAUAAUGUUAAAGUCUAUCUCCAUUUGUCAGAUUGAGUAGUUAAAAUCCUUUUCAUUCUGUAAUAGAAGUAUAUGAAGAUUUCUGA